AUGACCGACUCGAAUAACUCCACACCUACUGGGGAUGAAGGCCCCUUGAAGUCUCUUCAACAAACCGUCUUGACCGGGAAGAAGAGACGCCUGCCGCCGUUUCUGGACCAUUUCAACGCGCGCGACCUGAAGAUCCUAUGUCGCUGCUGGAUUGCGGCCUGGGUGGCCUGCUUAUUGUUUCUAAUUACUCCCUCUCUAACGAGCUUGGGAACUGCGACUUUCUUUGCCUGUCUGGUUCUGUUGAUGCUCCCCCCGAGCAGUGUGGUCUUCAUUUACCUUCUUGGAGCACUCUCCCUGUAUCUGGGAAUCUGUUUAGCGUGGGUAUGGGGCGUUAUCACAACGAAGGCCGCUUUGGCGGCCAGGCCGGCAGCCGAUACGCAGGCGCAGUUGAUGGCGUUGCAACAAACCGCGCAGCAACGAGCCAAUGCGACCGGGGAACCAGUCGCCAGCGUGGCUCAGGUGUUGGUCUAUGAUGGACACAUGCUGGAUGCACGCGUGACUGCCGUGACUUACUGUCUCAUUUGCACAUUCAUUUAUUUCAUGGCUCGUCUCCGGGCCAGUAACCCCAAAGCGACGUUCACGGCAAUAUUCGCAAUCAUCAUCUCGGACCUGUUUCUCCUCUUCACGCCACUUCUACCGUCGUUCUCUGGCACUCUGCCUCUCACGCUGGCCAAACCGGCAGGCGUCGGCAUCGGCCUGGGAUUCGCAUGCUCGGUGCUCUUCUUCCCGCAGUCGACGUCGCGGAUUGUCCUAGACAGCAUGGGCGAUAUCAUCGAGCUGCUGACGCAUCCUCUGGCUUUCACCAUGGCCACUCUGGGACAACGGAACCCGGACCUGGACGUCGAACAGUUGCGAAAGACACAAGCCAGCAUCAUCGGCGAAUAUCGCAAAAUGGAGCCCGCGCUGGCGUUUCUCCCGCUGGACUUCUCCAUCGGGUGUUGGGGUGCGCAGAAUGUCGGAACCUUCAAGGAACCCCUCCGACAGGCCGUCGUUGCCAUUCUCUCAGUGCUCGAGUUUCACAUUAACCAGCUGUCUGGGAGAGCGCGCGCGAAAGAGGUCUUGCUUAAAUAUGUGGAUCAGAUUGAGUCAGAGAAAGCCGAGACCAAGGGAUCACGCGAAGUGGGACGUCAUCAGCUGUCGCAGAUGGCGAGGCUGCUUGAUGGGCUGCGUAAUUCCGAGUCUGAUUCCAUUCCGGAUGAAACGUUGCAAGCUUUGAUUGGUAGUGCAUCUGAAGCGAUUGAAGCCACUGUUGUGGCGCUAGGAGCAUCGAGGGAUUGCGUUCGCAUGGCGAAUCGUCAAACCUGGUACUGGCGUCCAUCCCAUGAGGACCGGGCGCGACUGAGCGAGCAAAGCCAAAGAGCCCUCGAGGAUAUUCGUGCGAUGCGUAGCACGUUCAUUAAAAACACAACCGAGAUCCUGAUCAACGAAUUUGGUCCGUCGUUGGACAGUACCUUAGACGAUGCGGCUCACGGUCACCGGGUCAGAGGCAUCGUGUUUGCGAUGGUAUUCGAAGAACUUUUGUCCACCGCGAUGGAUCGGGCAGAAACCCUCCUGGCUCAAGUUCUCGACAACUUUCAGAAUUCCCAGAGCACACGCGUGUGGUGGCCUAUGAGCCUGAAAUCGUUCGGGUCAUGGUUAGCAGGCAAGGGAAACAAGGCUCCUGCCAUGACCCAAGCAGCCGACGAUGACCCAGACCAGCAGGCAGACCAGACAAAACUAGUUCAGGAGAAGCUGCGAAUUAGUCGUGGAUACCGUACGAAGCGCCGUGGCUUCGUUAGUCGAGCAAUUCUAGGCACAUACCAUUGGUUCACCUCGAAUGAAGGGCUGUACGCCUUGCGCACGGUCGUGGUCACUAUCGCACUCGGCAUUAUUUCGGCCCUGCCCAGCACCGCUGGGUUCUACUAUCGCGAGAAAGGCAUGUGGGCGUUGAUCAUGGCGCAAACAGGACUUGUACCUUACAUGGCAGACUUUACCUUCUCCGUCAUCGCACGAGUUGCAGGGACCGUUAUCGGUGGCGUGCUGGGCCUGUUGGCAUGGUAUAUCGGUUCCGGCAUUGGACCAGGUAAUCCAUACGGACUGGCGGCUAUUUUCGGCGUCAUGCUCUUUAUAUUCCUUUGGGCUCGUCUUUAUCUACCCCCAAACCUCCUCCAAGGCGGAAUCAUGGGUGGCGCCACCUUCCUGCUCGUGGUUGCAUACAGCUUCAAUGACACCCACACCCCGACCUACGGCAACCCGGGCGUCGGCUACACCGUCUUCUGGCGGCGCCUCCUCCUCGUCCUCAUCGGCAUCGGCGCCGGCACCAUCGUCCAACUCUUUCCCCACCCGCCCUCCGCCGCCAAACACAUCAGCAAGACGCUAUCCACCACCAUCCGCACCAUCUCCGACCACUACGCCCUCGUCCUCUCCUGCUGGGGCCAGGACCACCAAACGGACGGCCAGAUCCUCGCCGGCCCGAUAUCCCUCCGCAUGGCCGAGUCCCUCGUCAUGCUAGACGGCCCCAUCCAGCUCCUCCGGUACGAGUUCUCCAGCUCCCGCUUCGACAGCUCCAGCAUGGAGCAAGUGAAACGCCUCUGCCACGGCCUCAACCGUAACGUGGGCCGACUGCUCGCGCUCUCGGCGUCCCUGCCCCGCGAAUACCGUGAUCGAUUAGCGCAGCUGACGGGUCUCCUUGAUCAUCGCUGCAUCGGCGAGGUCAUGGCUGUGUUGAGCGUUUGUGAACAGGCGCUUAAGACCGGGGAUGCGCCGCCGGAGCUGCUGCCGACGCCGUUGGUGCGAAGGUCGAUGGAGUAUUGGCGCGCGCAUUCUUUGGAUUUGAUACUGUCGCCGGAGAUGCUGCGGGAUGAGAAUUAUCGACGGUAUUGUGUGGGGAUUAGUGCGUAUGUCAAGUUUUUGGAUACCGUUGAUCAGCUGGUGUUGGUUAUUAAGGGGGUGUUGGGGGAGUCGCAUUUGGUUGAUUGGGAGGAGGUGUAGUGUGGUUUGGGAUGUAAUUGUACGAGGUGUUGAAAUGAGGAAUUGGUCAUAGUUGGGGCUUUGUAGAGGG